UGGUUUUUCCAGCGGCAGCACAAGCCGCAGAUCUGGAGGCAGCAGAAUCCCUCAAGCUGGGCAAAGCAGCAGAGUGCUGCCAAUUCUGGCGUGGGAGAUGUGGACUUGAGCUGUGCUAAGGCCAAUGCCAAGGAGACAAAAUGGCUGUAAUCCAAGAUGAGCGAUAACACCGAUUCUUCAGCUUUAGCUGCCUUGUGAGCAACCUCGAGAAGAAUGGAGGAAACAAGCCCAGCACGUCCUGAACCAGGGGAAGGGUCGGGGGCAGGGAAAUAUUCUCGGGCCAUCCAGGCUGGAGCCAUCAGUGAGUUUCUGAGGUGGGCCACACCACAGCAUGGCAGGGUUGAGAGACAGGAGGGAAUGCCGCCACAUGGAGAAGCCCAGUGGCAAGAAAUCCUAAGAACGGUGCAGUCGUCACACUUGGGAUGGGCAAAUUCUCAGUUGCCAGAGCUGCCUCCGUGGGAUGACCUGUCCACGUUUGAGCGGGUGGCUGAUGCCUGCCAGUGGCCCCGUGGGGAGGGCAUGACCAAACUCGUGCCAAAUCUCAGCGGAGAAGCACAGCAGGCCUUCAACAGCCUAGAAGCCAGAGACAGGGGAGACUAUGGAAAGGUGAAGGUUGCCAUCCUACGGGGGGACAUUGCGAGCACGGAGGCACAGCGCCAGCACUUUCGCCAGUUCCGCUACCAGGAGGCCGAGGGCCCCCGCGAAGUUUGCAACCGGUUGCGGGAGCUGUGCCAUCGCUGGUUGGAGCCAGAGAGCCGGACGAAGGAGCAGAUCCUGGAGCUACUGAUCCUGGAACAGUUCUUGACAAUCCUGCCCAAGGAAAUCCAACACCAAGUUCGAGAACGUGGGCCGGAGACCUGCGCCCAAGCUGUGGCCCUGGCGGAGGGUUUCCUGCUGAGGCAGCAAGAGCGGGGGAAACGGGAGCAACAGGUAUUGGGAACAGUCCAAGGUGGGAGCACAAAUUGCGCUGGGACUCAGCGCUCUCCAGCCAACACCAGGCCAAGGCAAACCUACAAGGAAGCACGACAGCAGGAUAAUGGGAGUGCCAACUCACUGGGUGCCAAGUUUUUGGGAAGAGCUGGACAGUAUUUCCAGUGUCCGGACUGUGGAAAAAGGUUUAGGGGAGAGGAGGAACUCCGAGCUCACGGUGGCAUCCACAGGAAGGACAGACCUCAUGCCUGUGCUCAGUGUGGGAAAAGAUUCACUCGUCCAUCGGGCCUAGCUAAACACCUAAAAACUCAUUCAGGAGAGAAACCCUAUCACUGUGGCCAGUGCCCAAAAAGCUUUAUUCAGAUGUCACACCUCACCAGGCAUCAGAGAAUCCACACCGGGGAGAAACCCCACCCCUGCACCGAAUGUGGGAAGCGCUUCAACUGCCCUUCAGACCUGGCCAAACACCAGCACAUCCAUACUGGUGAGAAACCUUUCCGCUGUGCUGAGUGUGGGGCGAGGUUUAACCAGUUCUCACACCUUACGAGACAUCAGAGAAUCCACACUGGAGAAAAACCACAUGCCUGUACUGAGUGUGGAGAAACCUUUAGCCAGCGGGCGCAUCUUAUCAGCCACCAGAGAAUCCACACCGGAGAGAGGCCCUAUCGCUGCACCUAUUGCCAGAAAUGUUUCAGUCACCUCUCAGCUCUCACAGUACACAAGAGAAUCCACAUGGGUCAAAGGCCCUAUGGCUGUCCUGAAUGCGGGAAAAGGUUCAUCGCUUCAUCUGCUCUCACCAGGCACCAGAGGACCCACUCGGAAGAAAGACCCCAUACCUGCGAUGAGUGUGGCAGGAGGUUCAAUCAGCUCUCUCACCUUCACAGGCAUCGACGGACCCACUCAGGAGAGAGGCCCCACAGCUGUGGGGAGUGUGGGAAAAGGUUCAACCAGCUCUCCUCUCUCACCAGGCACCAGAAAAUCCACUCGGGAGAGAAGCCGUACCCCUGCGAUGAGUGCGAGAGGAGGUUCAUUCGGCUGGCCGACCUCAUCAUCCACCAGAGAAUCCACACAGGAGAAAAGCCGUAUCGCUGCACUGAGUGUGGGAAGAGGUUCAGGCAGAGACAAACGCUAGUCAAGCAUCAGAGACUUCAUCCAAUAGCAAAUUCAUGAAAUAUGUACAGGAAACAAAGCAAAGCCUUCCUGCCUUUGGGGUUGUAUCCAGGAAAUGGAUAUUCUGAAACUUCUGAACUUUAAAGAGGAGGGGAGAGGGGGGUUAAUUCCAAUAUCCCAAUUUCUCCUC